GCGUCCAGAUGACAGGUGAUGCUGCUUCUUUAUCCAAAAUAUUACCUUUUCCGGACUUCACUUCUCACAAGAAUACAAAGACUGCACUGCCUAGGUUGGUGAAGCCUCAAGUGUUACCUAUAUGCUGCACAACUCAGCAGAAUGAGUAAGAGGAGAAGGAGGAACAGCCGCAGGAGGAGGAGUUCCUGCAGCAGUAAACAAAGCAUCACCCAUAGCUACAUCAAAAGUCCACUGGAUAAUGUGGUUCAAGAAAACGAUACUGCUGAAAAGGGAGAGACAGACUCCUUCUGUAAAGAAAACGUUUUGUCAGAUGAAGAGAAAAAAGAGCAUGGAACUCCUAGCAAAGAGAAUCUGUUCAGACAAGGGAGUUAUGGGGACUUGUAUGAAGAUAAAAAAAUGAAAAUGAGCAUUUCAGAAGGAGUGGAUAAGGACAAGGGUCUGAAGAUCACACACUCAGUGACAAUAGAUGAUUUGGGACAGUCCGCUCCCAAAAUCAUAUUUCAGCGAUCCCAUGAGUCUGUAGCAGGAGAAAGAGUCAGUAGCAUGAUUGCAGUCACAACAGCCAAGGUUAAGCACAUGAGCUCCAAUAUGAGGCUCGAGAUCAGUGAAGUGCUACAGUCAGAUGAUUCAGACUUCAAGACCACUCUUAUUCUCCGAAGCGAGAAGGGAAAAGGAACAGAGGCUUGUUUUCAGACUCAAAAUGUUGAACCACCAAACAAUGACCCUUAUUUACGGAGCCAAUGCACAACUGGUUACAAGCAAAAUGCCAAACGCUGUGAAAAUGUUAGCUAUACGGUUAGCAUUGCAGAACUGAAGACAGACGUUAGAGAAACAGGUAGCAAUCCAAGCACAUUAGGCAGCCAAGAAGAAAUGGACUGCUGCAAAAGCUGCUGCCAAAGUCACUUUUGCAAGCACUAUGCUGGAGGCCACACAGACACUGAUUUCACACUGGUGGAUGGAUCAUCCACCUGCUCUUCACCUUCUGGUUUCUGGCCUCCACAGAGGCAGCUGUCACUAACUGACAGUUUUAGCAAUGAGAUGUUAUGGGAUAUUCCUCCACCUCUUGAGUUUGCUGAUAAAGAUAAUAAUGUACUUCAGGACUUGACACAAAGUGUAGAAUACUGCCAGAUAAACAAUCAUGUGUUCAAAGAGCAGGUGAAUUCUCCACAUGGCUCAGGGGCAUCAAAGGGUACUUCAGGGAACAAGGAGUCCAAGUGUCAGCCCUCAUUAGAUGAGGAAAAAAGAGCUUGUGAACGAGCUUGCAAUCAACUCUAUGAACUAGACACCCAGGAACACUUAUAUUCCAGGCCACCAACCCCAGUAAGCAGGUCAUCUUUCACAAAAAACUUCAUUCAAAACCAUGAAGGAAAGAUGCGUCUGCGCAACAAUAGCAUUGCCAUUUUAGAAACCAAAACACAAGCUAAUCAGUACAUAGAAGUGCCUACAACAAGGCGAAGAACCUUCCCAGGAGUGAUAGAUCAGUUAAGUCAGGAUCGAGAAAGCAUACCCUCAUGCAGAGAGUCAUUCUCCUCAGGCACACUCUCUUCAUUUUUCAUGCAGUCACUACCUGCUCAGGCUGAGAGAGCAGCGAGGUACUACCUAGACGAUGAGAGGCUUGGACCUUUUGAAGGAGAAAGCCGCAAAUCAUCAAGCAGUAGCAGCUACAGACCGAGCUCAAGCUCAAUCUAUGGUCCUGACAACAUCAAGGCAUACAGCACAACAAAAAACCCAUUUUAUCCAUCAAGGUCUGACGAGAUAUCUGAAGAUGUCUUCUUGAAAAAUGGACAAGAUCAGAGAGAACCAGUAGACAUUAGUGAGCUGGUGCAGGCAAACAGAGCAGAUCAGAAGAGCUCUUCAGCAGGCCCACUAGAACACAGUGAGGUGACCGAAAGUGGUUUCGAUGAAGAGAUUGUUGAGGUGGAAGAGUGUAGUCUUGCAGCCCUGGCUGCAGACAUCUAUCAGAAGAACCUGCUCAUCCAUGUCACUCCACCUUCACCUUGCAACUCUGAGGAAUACAUUAGCGAAGGAGCCACCAACAGAGCCAAAGUUCAACCAUAUGAAGACCAAGAAGGUGUUGAUGACCAAAAGAAGCGAAGAGGCUCUGUUAUGACCAUCAUGGUUGGGGAAUAUGAACAGAGAUUUCUACAGAACAACGCUAUACCAACAAGUGAAGAUCCUUCACAGAACCAACAAUCUGCAUCAGCCUCAGAAACUUGCGAUGCAAUGUUUGAGCCACCUUCUGCAUCUCCAACUGAACAGCUAGACGUCCAAAAAAAAGAUAUGGAGGAAUCCCACCAGCCCUCCUCCCCACAACUAACAAGCAUCUCUUUAUGUAAUCUGUCAGAAAACCCAACAGAGCUUUCAGAGCUGACAAGUAAUGAAAACUUAGAGCAGUCCUCAGAGCAGUCUGGAGACAUUUCGAAAAAAACUGUUGGGAGUUAUCGCAAAGCAAGCUGUGAAGAAGCAGCAGUAGCAAAUAAAGUCUACAGUCAAACAAAUAAACAGGACAAAAUAAGUAUAGGCAUUCGUCGGACAUCAAGGUCAUUUCAAUCAGACUUAGCUGAACGGCAAACUACCCCAAAAGCUUCACUGAAGUUCAAGGAGCAUCUGAAGCCCCCAGGAGACUGUGCCCACAAAGAUUCAGAAGAAACUUCAGACCACUGGGCAAGGAAACGCAAGCUGUUCAAGGAGAGUAAACAGUGGAGUUCUGCAGGAGGGAGUUCCAUGACUAGCAACAUCACAGAGGAAUCAGACACGAUGAAUUCAGAGGAUACCCGGUCAGUAGACAUGUCCAUUGAAGAUAGAGGUUUUUACACUGAGACAUUCCACUCAGCAUCAUGGAUUUAUCGGGGAGAUGAUGCCAGUCCAAAUGAAACAGUUCAAUGCCUUAGCAACCGCCCUCGACCUGUGGCAAUUCGUGAAAGAACUGUAAAGAUCAGCAAGGGAAUGGGAGAGUAUCCAUGGGGUUUCAGAAUUCAAUUCUCCAAACCAAUUGUCGUCACUGAAGUUGACACAAAUGGAGCUGCAGAGGAGGCAGGGCUACAGGUCGGAGACUUUGUGCUGGCAGUUAAUGGUACUGAUGUCACAAGCGUGCCACACUCUGAGGCAGCUGACCUCGCACGGCAAGGCCCCGAUCUGCUGACUCUGACCAUCGGCUCUGACAUUGGCCGGAUCCCUAACACCCCAAGGCCUGCCUGUCGAGGCUACCUGCACAAGCGCACCCAGUCCAGUCUGCUCAAGGGCUGGAGAAAGAGGUGGUUCGUGCUCAGGCACGACUGCUGCCUUUACUACUACAGAAACAAAAGAGAUGAAGGGAAAAGGCGUGUCCUGUCUGGCAUAAGACUGGAAGGUGCACUGGUGGAGGCUGACUCGAGUCUUGGGAAACCCUUUGUGUUCAAAUGCUGUCCAGUGUCUGGAAACCGAGUUUACUACUUAUGCGCUACAUCAAACCAAGAAAUGAGAAGAUGGUUAGAGGCCAUGGACCGAGCAGUUCACCCUAUCACUCAGAACCAUGUGUGGGUGGACGUAACUCGCCACAACUCGAACCUGCCUCCUCUGGCCGUGAAGCACCCAGAAUGCCUUGGUCUGCUUCACCUGCUGGACAGAAACAAAGACUCAUGGGUACAGCACUACUGCAUCUUAAAAGAUGGAUGUCUCUACUUCUACGCCAGCAUUCGAUCUACCUAUGCAGUUGGGGGGAUCUAUCUGCAUGGCUACACUGUAAAGGAACAGCCUCUAGGAUCCAAGAGAUCUACCAUCGAGCUCAAACCACCAUCUGAGGAGUUCAAAGUGUUCCACCUAUGCGCUGAAAAUACCAAUGAAAACAAACGGUGGAUUGUGGCACUAAAGGCAUCAAUAGAAAAGUGGUUGCCUUUGCAUCAGGCAAUUCAAGACUACAUGAAUUGCAUACCUGAGGCCACCAGAAUGUGAGCAGGUUAAAGCCUGAAGUGUUAUUCCUGCCCAUCAACUCACUACCAAGCCCAUCAUUAUACAGCGAUUCAUAUAGAAAUCAGGUGUAUUACGUCAGGGAUAACAUGAAACUGCAAAAAGUAGACACCAUGCUGACCUGCAUCACCUUCAAGAAUUCACAGAUACACCUUAUGGACAGUAUGAAUGGACAUUUGAAUGCAGUCUUGUGUUGGAAAGUCACCAGGCGAAGCCACACAGACACAGCUAAAGUUGUACCUAUGACCUGAGGAACAUUUCUGUAACUUUCAGAAAGUUCAGUUGUUCAUGCACUUCUUUCAUAGAGUAUAAUUAUGAAGUUGCAAAACAAAAAGGAAUAAAAAAAUGACUUCUGAAAUGACAACUGUAUCUGAUUAUGCAUUUUUAUACAUUCUCUAAUAUAAUAGUUCGUAGUUGAAGGACAGAAGCGAAGUUAUUUACUGCUGGCUACUGUGUUUAGCUACAGCUCAUAUUAAAUGCUUCUGCCUUUUUUCAAUGAAUCCUUUCAUACAAUUUUGCUACAUAUUUUGAAAGAAAAUCCAAAAAACAAAUUUGCAUGCAUUUUCUAAUCUAGAGGAAUGCAGCCUAACUUUUAGUCUACACUGUAUAUCAGGUACUGUAGUCAGUUCUCCAUUAUUGUAUGUUAUUGGGUCAUAAAAGAAGAAACUU